UCUCUUUUGCAAUCCUUGCUGGUCUGACAGGCUCCUGCAGAAUUACAUCACUUCCUAAAAAACAGGCAAACACCUCUCCUUCAAGUUAGCACCGACCCAAACAAGCAGGAAACAGGAAACGUUCACGUUUCAGGGAGGCUGAAGCCCAGCGCAGCAUCAUGCCGGAGCCGCGACAGCCCAGGGGAGCUGACAUGAAGGCUCCCCGCGCUGCCCUCGUCCUCGCCCUGCUAAUCGCGCUCCUUCGCACCCGCCCGGCUCAGGGUGAUCUUGACGAUCUGGAACAGUCAGCAGAUAUGCCCCAGGAAGUGGAAAGAACAGAUGAAGAGACUACUAUUCUAAGCACAUUUGCUGCAGUGACCACAGAAACGUUAAUUACAAAUACGAGUUCUACCCACAUGGAUGAGGAUGAAAAUCAGUUAGAGUUUAUACUAAUGGUGUUGAUCCCAAUCAUAUUAUUGGCCCUCCUAUUUUUAUUAGUGAUAAUCCUUGUAACAUACUAUAGAAGAAAAAGAACUAAACAAGAGCCUUCUAGCCAAGGAUCUCAGAGUGCCCUACAGACAUAUGAACUUGGAAGUGAAAACGUGAAAGUCCCUAUAUUUGAGGAAGACACACCCUCUGUUAUGGAAAUAGAAAUGGAAGAGCUUGAUAAAUGGAUGAACAGCAUGAAUAGAAAUGCCGACUAUGAAGGUUUACCUACUUUAAAGGAAGAAAAGGAAUCAAACCACAGCCCAAGUGACAAUGAAUCCUAAAAGUGAAUGGUGCUAAUGUUUUCCAAGAGAAGCGGCCCUAGAGGGAGCCUACUGGGCCUGCCAACAGAGGAUGAAGAGGAUACAAAUUUAAUGAAUUUUAAAUCAACACAAACACCAAGAAUCUUUUGCUGUUUCUUCCAACACCCACUCUUCCUAACGAUGGCAUCACCUGUACUUGGAAGAAGGAGCCAUUGAGAAGCACUAGGAAAAGGCCUGGCAGACAUCCAUCACUGAGGGUGGAGGAGCCCUAUGAUGUAUUCACCUCUAAUCAACGGGUGUUCCCACCUCUCAGCCAACCUCUAGCUGACUGGACUCACUCUGGCCAUACUCUCUAAGUCCUUGUUACCUUUCUGCUUCAUUCCUUAGGGUUUAAAUCAGGAAGCUGUCUUAUCUAUGGUUUCCUUCUGGGUCACCUUGUUACCUAACUAGCUUUGGAUAAUUUCCUAGGAUUUAGUCAAGUCCUCUGCUAGGUCAAUUACCUUAAGCAGGAACUUUUCUCCAGGCAAGUUAUGGCAUGGAAAAGACAGCCAACAAAGCGAGUGUCUCACUGUAUACACCAUCCCAGGGGCUUGGUAAGUUCAUUUCUGCCUGCCAAGGAGACACAGUGGGAGAGUUCACAGUCCUGAGGAGAGGUGUUUGAUCACUUGUGGACACUGAGUUGCCCAGAUCCAGUCACGCUUGGGAACUUCUCGGAGAAAUGGGAAUCCUCAAUGAAAGUGCAAAUGUUUUCAUUUUCAGCUAAAAUCACCUACUUUUUCAUGUUUCCCCAAAGCUCAUUCUUGUUCUCACCACACCUCCCUUGCAUGUGAUAUGUGGGGAGGGAGUGUGUGCAGGUGGGGGUCAUCUGUCACCCUCUAUGUCUCUGAGAUCACAGUUGUUUGAAACAAACAGAAUAGGAAUAGGAAAUAUCUGUGCCUGUGGCAGACAUCACUCACCUCACUCAAUAUUCUUUCCUGCCCAGCUGGGACAAGCCUCCAGGCCUUCUCAACACAGCGCUCCAGGAGGUCAUUGUCCUUCCGUCAGAGAUGACAUUCUAUGUGAUAUUUGUUGACAUCCUCAUCCUAGAAGCAACAGUGCAAAAUGCAGAAGGGCCUGUUUAUCACUCCCACUCACGUAAAAUCAAUCUCCAUUUAAUUCUUAAUUUUCUAAUUCUGACCUUUAAAGCAAUCUAGCAUAUUGGGAGUUCUGAGCUCUUCAACGACACCUGAUAUUUUAUUCCAGGAAAGAAACAAAGAAUAAAAACUUUACUUAUUUUAUUCCCCAUGUAUAAACUGAGGGCAGAUGAGAUUCGCCAAACAUUUGCUGCUGAAUUUGGGGGUCUUGUGUUUGAAAGGUUGCCUUAAUGCAUAACAAAAACUGCCCCUCUCCUCCCUUUCAGAAUCCCUUUAACAAGCACUUGCCUUCUGAACUAUGUCCAUUAUUUUAAAGGCAGAGUUCCAAGCCAGGGAGGUCUUUCCACGCAAUGAAAGAUAGAAUUAUCUAGUUGUGUUUAACUACUGCUAUUAUACCAUCCUGGGACUGCAGAGAGCUUUGGCAAAAGACGGUCUUCAUGGUAUAUAACUUCAACAGAUUUGUCUGUCCGAUUCUCGUUAGCACACCCUAAUAUGGCAUUUUUGUUUUCACUGCUGUUCUGCGUAUUCAUGUUCCACUUAUGGUCCACAGUGACUCUCCGAUAUUUAUGCCAAAAUUGCCAUUUUCUGAGUCAUCAUUUCUGCCUAAUUUGUUACUCUAAGUUUGUUUCUCAUCAACAUUUUCGCUGUCAGAAGUGUCUCAGUUUGCUUCUUUCUCUCUCCAGGUAUCUAAGAUGUUUGCUGAACACUUAGGUCUAUAGCCUUCAUCCAACCCUAUCAAAUAAUGGACUUUAGAAGCUUAGAGAAGUAUAAGGGGUCUUGGAAUCUCACUUUGAUGAAGCAGUAUUUUAUGAUAUGAUGAAAAUAUUUUCAUUCAGUAUUUAAAAUAAAUCAAAUACCAGAAGAAGCAAGCUUCAGCAACACAUCAUUGAGUUUAUAUCUGAAAAAUACACUAACUUCUAUAAUUGCACAGUGGACAAGGCAUUUUUUAAAAAGGUAGUUUAUUCUGGCAAGAUAUAUGAAGUUAGUAUGGGGUCAAAACAGUCAAGGGUCAAUUCUAGCAUCCUGUAUCUUUUUGUUACUGUCCAAUCAAUAGGCAUCAUAGAUUGAUGAUAAUUUGAAGAAUUGUUUUUAAACCCAAGCUUAAUUUUCUGUUUCAGAUUAUUAUUAGUAAAAAUCUUAACUUUACUUAAUUGUGUAGCCAAUCAGAGCAAAAUCUGACUUGAGAAUAUUUUAAAGAUGGAUAAGUUUUAUUGCAUUUUUGUACAUUUUAUGCAAACUAGGUUAACAACAUUGCCUAGUUGAACUCCUCAGGAAACUUGUUUUAAUAAAAAUGUAAAAAUAUCAAUCUUAA